GAAAUCCGAACAAAAUCCCUAGAAACGCGAGACUUGGCGUCAUUUUAUAACAAGAUGGCGAAGCGAGGUGACUAUGUUUAUGAUGAAUUGCUGUGUUUCUUGGGAAACCCGUUUUUCCAGGUUCCAGUCUUGACUUUUAUGGAGGCAAAGUGUUUAAUAUUUGAUCCAAGCAUUGAAGAUAGUGAUGAAUACAAAAAAGUUCAUAAAGAGUACAAAGCCGUUAUUCAGAAAUUGCUAGAUGCUUUCAUGAAAGACACUGGAAUUAGCCAUGAUCAAAUCAUUACAGCUCUCAAUGACAUGAAUAAAAAGCAGGACAUCAAGGAAAUGUUUCAGAGCUUGUUCGAGCAGUUCUUUGCUGCAGAGGAUUAUGGGAUCUUUGUGAGACUGAUGGUCCAGAAGAACAUUGAACUACAGCAGCAAGCACUGGCAAUGAUUAUGCAGAUGCAGGGGGCCCUCCCAGAGAGUCUGAAGGAUGGAAAAUCAGAGCCCACCUCCCCACCCCCUGCAGCCGCCCCUGCACCAAAAGAGCAAUAUGGAGCACAGAAUGAGGAUGAAAUCCUAAAAGCUGUCUUAGAACAGUCUAAAAGAGAGUAUGAAGAGGAGCAGAAAAAGAAGAAGACCCAAGAAGAGGCUACAGAGAAGAAGGAAAUGGAAAGCCUGAUCCAGAUCUCCCAAGUGGAGCACUCCCGCCUGGAGGAGGAAAAAACUAAAGAGAAAGCCAAACUGGAUGAGGCUUUGUUUGGAUUGUCUCUGGGCUCACAAACUCCACAAACCAGUACCGCCAGCAAACCACCAGCUGCGAACGCCAGCAAACCACCAGCUGGGAACACUAAACCACCACCAUCAAAACCACCCAUAGACCUCAAGUCAGCGCCAAGUAUAUCUGUGACCCCAGCACCUGCUGCUGCAGCUCCUAUUGCAGCUCCCACCCCAAAACCAGCAGAACCUGUCCCCACAGCUAGUGUGACCGCUGCCAUCGCCUCCCAGAAACUACCGUCUGUGGGUCAACAGAAGCCUCAGAUCUCCAGCGCAGAGGCUGCCGCAAACUGGCUCAAGCAGUCAGACACCGACACGUCACAGAAUAAGUCCUCAUCUCCCGCCCUGCAGGCAGCAGCUGCUGCCAUGUCAAACAUGAAUCCAGAUGAACUGAAAAAGAGGCAGGAAUAUUUAAAACAACAAAGGGAUAAACUGCUAGAAAUGAAGAAGAAAGAAAGAGAAAAGCAGUUGUUAGCAGCAGAGAAAUCCCAGCCAAAACGUCCAAUGUCCGCUCGCAUGGCAAAAUCCGCAAUGCAGGAGGGACCGUCUAAUGAAUCCGAUAAACUCAGUCCUGAGGAGGAGAAAAAGAUGGCCAUGAGAAAAGCUAUUGCAGAUCGUCUAAAAGCAGAGAUGUUAGGAAAAUAAUAGAGAGAAUUAUGAUUUAAAUGCGUUUGAUUGAGACAUGCACCUGAGAUUCUUAUGUUAUUACCAUUCUAAAAUUUUGCAUGUGGUUUGAUAGAGAAUAAGUGUGGAUUAGUAUGAAAAGGGACUUCAAUGUUUUAUUGUAGUUUGAUUAUUUUUACCAUGCAAUUUGCAUUUUUCAUCACGUUCAGGUCACUUUCAUUUAAGUUGUGGUGCAAUGUUAAACUUCAUUGGAUGUUUGUUUAUAAUUCAAAAUAUCAAAUUUGAUCAAAGAUUUUGAUGAAUACCGGGUAAUGGGUUUAGAAUGAUAGAAGAUUAUAUUUGCUUAAAAUAUUUUGCUGCUUAAAACAUAUAUUAGAGUUUUUUAAAAGAGUUAAAAUUUAAUUGUUUUACAGCUUGCGCCUAUUUUAUCUGCAAUACAUAAGCUUAAUUUAUAUGAAAAAAUGUUUAUGCUCACAUGUUUUCAGUUUGGGAUUUUUCUGUGCAAGUGUUUAAUUAUGUCUAACUUACUCAAUAUUCGAGUAAAUGUCAAGCAAUCGAUUGAUAUUACAUUGUAUUGAUUUCAUUACCUUCUUUAUAAUGCGCUACAUGUACAUGCAUGUUUUGUAAAAAAUUUAAAUUUGUUAAAGUGAGUCUUUCUAAGAAUCCAUUUUAUUGUGAGAUUAUUAUAUUUAUGGGGACCUAAACCUUUAAUUUUUGUCUCGAUUAACAUUUACAGACACCAGAAAUUCAUCUAUUCUAUCGUGAUUAAAUUCCUCUAAAUUUUGGAUAUUUAAUCUCCAAAAUUGUAGUCCCUAGCUGUCUCAUAAAUAUUUACACCUUGUAGAAAGAGAUUUGACUGUUAUGAUUAUUUAAUAUAUUUUUUUUUUUUAUUGAUUCUUAAAAUUAUAGCCUUUAUCAUUCCUCAAAAAAAUUGUUUCCUUACUUUGCCUAUAUCACAAAGAUUCACGUUAAUCAAAAGGGUACUGUGCAUUAAAACAAUUGCUCUAUCAUCUGAAUUGGUUACAUUGUUCUCCAAAAAUGCACCAACAGUUUGAACACAUUUUCUCCAUGAAAAACAUCUUUUAUAAAUAUCCAUACAAUUACACAUAUGUUGAUGAGAUUUCAUGUUGGGUCAUUUUUGAGCAUUUGUUGCAUUAUAGCUUUCUUUUUUCUUUUUUUUUUUUCAUUGUAAACUUGGUAGUACAGUGCAUUAUGUACAGAAAAAAGAGAUCACCAUUACAAGAUACAUGUAUAUGUUAUGAAUGUCUAUCCCACAAUUCCAUAGUCUUAAUUUUCAGUUUGUAUGAUUAAGAUGGUGCUUUGUUUUGUUUCUUUUGUUUUCAGGAGCAAGAAUGUUGAAUGUGAUAUUAAGGUUGUUACAGGUGGUAUGAAAUGUUCAUCUUUUAUUUUUUAUUUCAUUUUAAUUUUUUUUUUUUUGCUCAAUGGUUGGUCUAUGCUGUGCAUGGUUUUAAUCAAAGUUUAUUUUUUUUCAAAAUGGAGUUCAGGUGAGAUAAUUUAAUCACCAUGACAACAGCUAGAUUCUUACACAGAUUCUCUUAUACUGGUAAUCGUUUUGUACCAAACGUAUGAAGUGUCGGAAUUUCUUUGUUGCGCAUUAUAGUUAUUACCUUGAAGUUACACUGUCCAAAAAGAUGUAUCUUGAGUUUUAUUCCACAACCAAAAAAUGUUUCAAUAUUCAAGAAUUUUUACAAACAUACAGCUGUAUUAAGUUCGCCGUACAUUUAUUUAUCAUUAAGGUAAAGCCAAUGUGAUUUUUGUACAGUAUGUUCAUGUAUCGGAAUUGUGAUUUGUCUUUGUUUUUUGGGGUUUUUUUCUUCACUUAUUGUAUUUUAUGGUGAAAUUCUGAAAUUUCUGUGAUAAAGAAAGAAAUAUGA